AUGUGGGAGCAGGAGGAAUUCGCUAAACACUGGAGGAACGAGUUCCCCGACGCAGAGGUCCCCCGAAUGGACCUGAGCUCCGUGGAGGACAUCGAGUCGGAGCUGGAAUCAAGUAAAGCCAACCUGAAGAAGCUCCAGAAGGCUCUCGCGGAGGAGAAAUUCAAGGUAAUAUACCUGCAGACCACCGUGGCCCAGAAGAAGAGAAACGACCCGGAGAGGUUCGAAGGAAAAGAUGAAAACUUCAACGCAGAAACAUUCGCCGUUCCUAAGAUGGGGAAUGUUAAAAAGCCGCUGCGGCGAGAAGAUGAAGGCGGCGGCAGAGAGAGGACCAAGGUGUCCGACUCCGGGGUCUUGAAGCGCAGCGCGGCGGCCAACACGCCCAUCUCCUACGGCCGAGAACGCAGCAGGUUCAUCGGCAAGCCAGGUAAGUACGUCCCCAUCCCCGUCCCGCCGCAGAAACCCAGGAGGGGGGACAAGGCCGCUAAUGACAACGAGGAGGAGGACAGCGACCGAGAAUACGAGAAUGCGGAGCUGAACGAGAAUUUCGUCCGGAAUAACUUGUUGACGCCGAAGAGCAUCGGCAAGGACAGCCAGCGGACGCCGGCCACCUGCACUGGCAACCCGCGGCCUUUCAGCAGGGACUUUGACUCGGAUGAUGGCAGGCUGUCUCCGUCCUUCCCGCGGGGCUCCGGCUGCAGCACACCUGACAGAAGGAGUGAUGGCUACAUGAGCUCCGACCACGACGACUCCUCCUCUGCAGACUUCAAUUAUAAUACAGAUGGCUACGAUGGGGACGGAGCCGAAGACGGCAAGUCCCAGGAUAGCUCCGAGACGCUGCCCUACAUAGACGAAUCGCCCACCAUGUCCCCCCAGCUGUGCGUGUCUCAGGGGCCUGAUGGUGAGGCGGUCUCCCCCUCGCCUCUGGAGGGAGAUGUUGAGAAAGGGCUGGAGAUGAAGAAACUGGUGCUGUCUGGUUUCUUGGCCAGCGAAGAGAUCUACAUCAACCAACUGGAGGCCCUGGUGUUGCCCAUGCGCCCCCUGAAAGCCGCAGCCACGAGCUCGCAGCCCGUCCUGACCAUGCAGCAGAUAGAGACCAUCUUCUACAAAAUCCAGGACAUCUUUGAGAUCCACAAAGAGUUCUACGAUGCCCUGCUGCCCAGCAUACAGCGCUGGGACGAGAAGGUCACUGUGGGGCAUCUGUUCCAGAAGCUGGCCAGCCAGCUGGGAAUUUACAAGGCCUUUGUGGACAACUACAAGAACGCGCUGGAGACGGCGGAGAAAUGCAGUCAGGCCAACAACUAUUUCCAGAAGAUAUCUGAGACUGUUAGCGUGAAAGGACCCAAAGACUCCAAAGACUCCUCCACAAAAAGUUCUAUGGAGAAUCUUCUUUACAAGCCGAUUGACCGUGUAACCAGAAGCACCCUGGUCCUUCAUGACCUGCUGAAGCACACGCCCAAGGACCACCCAGACUUCCCUCUGCUGCAGGACGCGCUGCGGAUCUCUCAGAACUUCCUCUCCUCCAUCAACGAGGAGAUUGACCCUCGCAGGACUGCCGUCACUACGCCUAAAGGAGAGGCGCGUCAGCUGGUGAAGGAUGGAUUUCUGGUGGAGGUGUCGGAAAGCUCCAGGAAGCUCCGGCACGUUUUCCUCUUCACUGAUCUGCUUCUCUGUGCCAAGAUGAAGAAGACAGCUGUGGGUCGCCACCAGCAGUAUGAGUGCAAGUGGUACAUUCCUCUGGCUGAUUUAACCUUCCAAACCCUGGACGACUCAGACUCCUGUCCGAGCAUCCAGGUCCUGCCGGAGCAUGAGAUCGAAGAGAUGAAGAUGAAGAUCUCAGUUUUAAAGAAUGACAUACAGAAAGAGAAGAAAGCUCCAAAGGGUCAGAGCCGUGCAGAGCGUCUCAGGAAGAAGAUGAAUGAGCAAGAGUCAUGGCUACUCCUGCAAUCCCCCACCAUCCCGUUCCGCAUCCACAACAAACAUGGAAAGAGCUAUCUGUUCCUCCUCUCUUCUGAUUAUGAAAGGGCAGAGUGGAAAGAAAGCAUCCAGAAACUCCAAAAGAAAGAUCUCCAGGCUUGUAUGCUAAGUUCUGUGGAGCUCCAGGUCUUGACCAGCUCCUGUUUCAAACUCCGAACCGUCCACAACAUUCCUGUCACAACCAACAAAGACGAUGAGGAGACCCCCGGCCUGUACGGCUUCCUGCAUGUGAUCGUCCGCUCUGCCACGGGAUUCCAGGAGUCGGCCAAUUUAUACUGCACCCUGGAAGUGGACUCAUUCGGUUACUUUGUGAGCAAGGCCAAGACCCGGGUCUUCAGAGAUACUGCAGAGCCUCAGUGGAACGAAGAGUUUGAGAUCGAGCUGGAGGGCUCCCAGUACCUGCGGAUCCUGUGCUACGAGAAGUGUUUCGACAAAAGCAUGCUCAACAAGGACGACAACGAGAUUGUGGACAAGAUCAUGGGCAAAGGGCAGGUCCAGCUGGACCCUCAGACUGUGCAGUCCAAGAAUUGGCACAUGGACGUCAUCGAGAUGAAUGGGAUUAAGGUGGAAUUUUCCAUGAAGUUUACAAGUCGGGACCUCAGCUUGAAGAGAACACCAUCCAAAAAGCAGAGCGGGGUGUUUGGAGUCAAGAUCAACGUGGUCACAAAGCGCGAGCGCUCCAAGGUGCCUUACAUCGUCCGCCAGUGCAUUGAGGAAGUGGAGAAGAGGGGGAUUGACGAAGUGGGAAUCUACAGGAUCUCAGGGGUGGCCACGGACAUCCAGGCCCUCAAAUUAGCAUUCGACACAAAUACCAAAGACAUCCUGGUGAUGCUGAGUGACAUGGACAUCAACGCCAUCGCAGGAACGCUUAAGCUGUAUUUCAGGGAGCUGCCGGAGCCUCUUCUCACAGACCGUCUCUACCCAGCCUUUAUGGAGGGCAUAGCUCUCUCAGACCCUGCAGCCAAGGAAAACUGCAUGAUGCACCUUCUGCGCUCUCUGCCCGACCCCAACCUCAUGACCUUCCUCACUCUGCUGGAGCACCUGAAAAGGGUGGCUGAGAAGGAGCCCGUCAACAAAAUGUCCCUCCAUAACCUGGGCACCGUGUUCGGACCCACCCUGCUCCGGCCCUCUGAGUCAGAAAGCGCCAAGGGACAGCACAUCACGUGCGCCUCCGACAUCUGGUCACAUGAUGUCAUGGCACAGGUCCAGGUGUUGCUCUAUUACCUGCAGCAUCCUCCGAUCUCCUUCGCCGAACUCAAGCGCAACACGCUCUACUUCUCCACUGACGUCUAAAAAAAGCCACCACCCCGCCGGGGGCUUCACCCGGACCGCGAGGGUGACACAGAGCGACUCCAUCCAGACCUCGGACCCCACCACCCAGCGCUCCAGCUAAAGCUCUGCUCCCAGCAGACCGCUCGUCUCUGCUGCCGUCCCUCGCUUCUCCCAUCUGAAGAGGAAGUCGAAACGGUUUUGCGGCAGCAACGCGACCGGCCUCUGUGGGAGCACACCGGGAAAUGUUCAGACGGGUGUCUGGGGUCGGGGGCCGGGCAGAGACCACAGCCUGGUGCAGUGGACAGGACAAUAUCUGAGUUUAUGUUUCCUGCUCAGAGGCAUUCCAGAAAAACAAAACAAACAAACAAAAAAAAUGGCAUUUACAUGUUUUAUAAUAAUGUUCCUCAUUUGUUUCUGUU